CCGCCGCGCAAGGUCCCGCUCCGCUCGCUGCUCCGGGCGGCCUCCGUCGCCUGCGGGGUCCAAUUCGGGUGGGCGCUGCAGCUCUCCCUGCUCACCCCCUACGUCCAAGAGCUCGGCAUCCCGCACGCCUUCGCCAGCCUGGUCUGGCUCUGCGGCCCGCUGUCGGGCCUCCUCGUGCAGCCCCUGGUGGGCCACCUCUCGGACCGCAUCGCGCCGGCCAACUCGCCGCUCGGCCGCCGCCGGCCCUUCAUCGCCGCGGGGGCCGCCUCCAUCGCCUUCUCCGUGCUCACCGUCGGCUUCUCCGCCGACCUGGGCCGCCUCUUCGGGGACAACAUCGUGCCCGGGUCCACCCGGUUCGGCGCCAUCAUCGUCUACCUCAUCGGCUUCUGGCUGCUGGAUGUGGGCAACAACGCCACCCAGGGGCCAUGCCGCGCCUUCCUCGCAGACCUCACCGAGAAUGACCCGAGGAGGACCCGGAUUGCCAACGCCUACUUCUCGCUCUUCAUGGCCCUGGGGAACAUACUCGGGUACGCCACCGGGGCAUACAACGGCUGGUACAAGAUAUUCCCCUUCACUAUUACCGAGUCCUGCUCUGUCAGCUGCGCCAACCUCAAGUCCGCGUUCCUGCUCGACAUCAUCAUCCUGGCGAUUACGACGUACGUUAGCGUCGUGACGGUGCAGGACAAUCCUACUUUCGGAAGCGACGAGGCGGCGCCUCCGAGCAGCCACGAGGAGGAGGCUUUCCUCUUUGAGCUUUUCGGGUCGUUCAAGUACUUCACGAUGCCUGUUUGGAUGGUCUUGAUCGUCACCUCGCUUACCUGGAUCGGCUGGUUCCCUUUCAUCCUCUUUGACACCGACUGGAUGGGCCGAGAGAUCUACCGGGGAAGCCCGGAGAUCGUCGCCGACACCCAAAAGUAUCAUGACGGUGUGAGAAUGGGCUCUUUUGGUCUCAUGCUCAACUCGGUUGUUCUCGGGAUCACAUCUAUUGGAAUGGAGAAGUUGUGUAGGAAGUGGGGAGCUGGACUUGUAUGGGGUGUCUCCAAUAUCAUCAUGGCACUGUGCUUCGUGGCGAUGCUUAUUAUAACAUACGUUGCGCAGAACCUGGAUUAUGGACCUAGUGGAGCACCUCCAACCGGCAUUGUCGCCGCUUCCCUCAUUGUGUUCACAAUCCUAGGAGCACCUCUCUCGGUCACGUACAGUAUACCAUAUGCGAUGGCUGCAAGUCGUGUUGAAAAUCUUGGGCUAGGCCAAGGUCUAGCAAUGGGCAUUCUUAAUUUAUCUAUUGUCAUACCACAGAUCAUCGUGUCGCUGGGCAGCGGGCCAUGGGACCAGCUCUUCGGCGGAGGGAACGCGCCAUCCUUCUGGGUGGCUGCCGCAGCCUCCUUUGUGGGCGGGCUGGUAGCCAUCCUGGGGCUCCCGCGGGCCCGGCUCGGGCCGAAGAAGAAAACCACCCAACGAUGAUGAUUCGAGCGAGUAUACAGAGACAUUGUUAUGUUGCAGACAAGGAAGGAAGGCAGGUUGUACACUGGUUCAUUCUUUGCACACUGGUUCCAAGACACCGGGAACGCUGCCUACACUACACUAGGCAUGGGGGGUCUGUAUAUUGUCAUCAUCAAGUUGGAUUGGGUUCAAAUUCAAGGCCAAAAGUAGGAGGGCUCUGGAAUUUUUCUUCCUCUUGUUACUUUCCUCCAUGGGCCCUAUCAUCGCCUUUUUUUCGCUUGUCGGUGUGAAACAUGGUCAGUCAUAUGUUGUUGUAUAUUCGGAUAUUUUGUCAUUUUGUCGGAGAUUAUCAAUCAAUCAAUAAAAGUUGCAGGUUUUUGUUUGA